UCUAAACACAUUGUUAAAAGCCGCUUGAUAACGCUUAUGAAUUACCACUUUGUUCAUCUGGUGCUUGUAAGGAAUAGUGGCCGGUGAGCUUUAACACAGGAUCUUUUCUUCUGCUGGUUGAUCUGAGCGGAGCAGGGCUGUCCAGCUAGAGAAGAAAGAAGCUGAGGAAGAGAAGGGUGGACAGGACAAAGAAAACGGCAAGGAGAAAGGUGAGGUGGCUGCCCUGGAGAAAGAGGAAAAGAAGGAGGGGAAGAAGGAGGACAAGGAGUCCAGUCCUGAAGGAGGUAGUAAGGGAGAGAAGGAGAAGACAACAGAGGAGGAAGCUAAAGCUCCCAGAGCUCCACGUCGGCCUAAGACCAUGCAGAUCAAAGUCACCCUACUGGACAACACACUGUAUGAGUGUGAGCUGGAUAAACAUGCCAAAGGCCAGGAGUUGUUCAUGAAAGUGUGUGACCACCUCAACCUGCUGGAGAAAGACUACUAUGGCCUGGCUAUUUGGGAGACAUCCACCAUGAAGACUUGGAUGGACCUAACCAAGGAGAUCCGCAGGCAGGUACAAGGUGCCAACUAUAAUUUCACCUUCAAUGUGAAGUUCUAUCCACCAGACCCAGCCCAGCUGUCUGAAGACAUAACUAGGUACUACCUGUGUCUCCAGUUGCGGAAGGAUAUCCUGCAGGGCCGCCUACCCUGUUCCUUCGUCACCCUUGCCCUGCUGGGCUCCUACGCCUUGCAGUCGGAGCUGGGUGAGUACGACCCCGAGGUGCACAGCAACCAAUACGCUAAGGACAUGAAAAUGGCCCAUGGCCAGACCAAGGAGCUGGAGGACAAAAUGAUGGAGCUGCACCAUACUUACAGGUCAAUGAGUCCGGCCCAAGCAGACCUGAUGUUUCUGGAGAAUGCCAAGAAACUCUCCAUGUACGGAGUAGACCUCCACCAGGCCAAGGAUCUGGAUGGUGUUGACAUCAUGCUGGGGGUUUGCUCUAGCGGUCUUAUGGUUUACAAAGACAAACUGAGGAUCAACCGUUUCCCCUGGCCUAAAGUCCUCAAGGUCUCAUACAAACGCAGCAGCUUCUUCAUCAAAAUAAGACCGUCUGAGGUGGAACAGUACGAGAGUGCAAUUGGCUUCAAACUACCUAAUUACAAGGCGGCCAAGAAACUGUGGAAAGUGUGUGUAGAACAUCACACCUUCUUCAGGCUGACCUCCACUGAGAUGGCCACCACUCCCAGGAAGUUUCUGGCAUUGGGCUCUAAGUUUCGCUAUAGUGGUCGGACUCAGGCUCAGACCAGACAGGCAAGCUCUCUGAUUGACAGACCAGCUCCGCUGUUCCAGCGCUCUUCCAGUAAGAGGAACUCGCGCAGCCUGGAUGGAG